AUGAGUACUCCAGCCAACUGUCUCGGCGGCUACAGGGCGCUUGCCGCUCGACCGUUGCGGGGCAGUUUCUUUGCUCACCUAAGGCCACUGUGUGCUUUCACAUCUGUGUCGAGGUUGACGACUCUCUGUGACGAUCGCUCGAGGCAUAACAAACCUCAUGAACGCACUACAGUUGUUCGGAACAUUACCCGCACGCACCCGCCGCUGCUGUCCCUGCAGCCGCAUGUCUCGCAGGUCACCGCUGUUGCGCGUUACGCAACCCAUGCAUCAGCUUCGGAGCCGCACGACGAGGAGCUACCUAGCACACCGCCGUUUACGGCUGGCCCCUACGCAAACCUGACCAUUGGUGUCCCCAAAGAGAGCUACCCGGGCGAGAGACGAGUUGCCAUUACGCCAACCAAUGUCAAGUUGCUGCUCAAGAAAGGCUUCUCGCGUAUCUUGAUUGAACGGGGAGCUGGCGCCGAGGCUUCCUUUUCUGAUGAGGCUUAUGAGCAGGCGGGCGCCACCACUGUUGAUCGCAGAAAUGUUUUCAAGGAGAGCGACAUUUUGCUCAAGGUUCGAGCUCUUAGUACCGAAGGAGAGGAUAGCGAGGUGGAUGCUAUUCGAGAGGGCGCCACUAUCAUUUCCAUGCUGUACCCGAUGCAGAACAAGCCAACAGUGGAGCGUAUUGCUUCCCGUAAGGCCACUGCAUUCGCAAUGGACAUGAUCCCUCGCAUAAGCCGCGCCCAAGUUUUUGAUGCGCUGAGCUCCAUGGCGAAUAUCGCUGGUUAUAAGGCUGUCUUGGAAGCAUCGAACCACUUCGGCCGCUUUUUAACUGGUCAAGUUACUGCUGCCGGAAAGAUUCCACCCUGUAAAGUCCUUGUCAUUGGAGCUGGUGUUGCGGGCUUGAGUGCUAUCGCUACUGCUCGUCGCAUGGGCGCAAUAGUUCGUGGUUUUGACACUCGCUCCGCCGCACGUGAGCAGGUACAAUCUCUUGGCGCUGAAUUUAUCGAAGUCGAAAUCGCAGAAGAUGGUUCCGGAGCCGGUGGUUACGCUAAAGUCAUGUCUAAGGAAUUUAUCGAGGCAGAGAUGAAGCUCUUCUACGAACAGUGUCGAGAGGUCGACAUUGUGAUUACCACCGCUCUCAUCCCUGGUCAACCUGCCCCGAAAUUGAUCACCAAAGCCAUGCUUGGUGCUAUGAAACCUGGCUCGGUUGUUGUGGAUCUUGCAGCCGAGGCAGGAGGGAACUGCGAAGCUACUGUCCCGGGGAAACUGAACAAAUACGAAGGGGUGUCAGUAAUUGGCUAUACUGACCUGCCUUCGCGUUUGCCCACUCAGUCUUCCACGCUUUACUCGAAUAACGUCACCAAGUUUCUACUUUCCCUGACUCCCAAGGACAAGAGAGAAAAGUACUACGACGUCGACCUCACAGAUGAAGUUACUCGCGGUGCCAUCGUUACCUACGAUGGCAAGAUACUACCUCCUGCUCCUCGACCUGCUCCGCCUCCAGCGCAAGCCAAGGCUGCACCAUCGUCUGCCGAUCAAGUCGCCAACGUUGUCGCCCUAACACCAUGGCAGACACAGUCUCGGCAGGUCGGAGGCGUCACAGCCGCCAUGUCUACCGCACUAGCUCUCGGAAAGUUCACUGGACCACUGUUCAUGAGCAAUGCAUUUACCUUCGCCUUGGCCAGUCUGAUCGGAUACAGAGUCGUAUGGGGCGUUGCACCUGCUCUCCACUCUCCACUGAUGAGCGUGACAAAUGCCAUCUCUGGUAUGGUCGGUAUCGGUGGUCUGUACGUUAUGGGUGGUGGCUACUUCCCCGAAACUAUCCCGCAAACGCUUGGUGCUCUGUCGGUUUUGCUCGCCUUCGUCAAUGUAUCGGGUGGCUUUGUCAUCUCUAAGCGAAUGCUGGAUAUGUUCCGCAGACCUACAGAUCCUGAGGAAUAUCCAUGGCUUUAUGCUGUCCCCGCGGUUCUGUUUGGUGGUGGCUUCGUUGCGGCAGCCUCAACUGGCAUGGCUGGUUUGGUCCAAGCAGGCUACUUGGUGAGCAGCGUACUUUGCAUGACUAGUUUGUCUGGUCUUGCAUCCCAGGCUACUGCUCGGCGUGGAAACUUCUUGGGUAUACUCGGUGUCUUCUCUGGUAUUCUUGCUUCUUUGGCUGCCGUUGGCUUUUCUCCCGAAGUCCUCACGCAAUUCACAGCGCUGUCAACUGUCGGAGUUGUGGCUGGACUAAUGAUUGGAAGAAGGAUUACACCAACUUCCCUGCCACAGACAGUCGCAGCACUACACUCUGUCGUCGGCCUAGCCGCGGUGUUGACGUCUAUCGGUUCCGUUCUCGGCCACACUGGCGAUAUCUCGACUCUUCACAUGGUAUCCGCCUACCUCGGUGUUCUCAUUGGAGGCGUGACAUUCACUGGAUCCAUCGUCGCUUUCUUGAAGUUGGCCGCGAAGAUGAGCUCGAAGCCUUUGGUUCUACCUGGUCGUCAUCUUAUCAACAGUACACUCCUCGGUGCGAAUGUUGCAACUAUGGCAACAUUCCUCGCGUAUGCCCCCGGCGCUCCUAUGAUCGGUGCCGCAUGCCUUGUAGGCAACGCAGCUCUCUCUUUUGUCAAAGGUUAUACUACCACUGCUGCUAUUGGCGGAGCAGACAUGCCUGUCGUCAUCACUGUCUUGAACGCAUACUCUGGAUUUGCACUGGUUGCCGAAGGCUUCAUGCUGGACAAUCCGCUACUGACCACCAUUGGAGCUCUUAUUGGAGUAUCGGGAUCCAUUCUCUCGCAUAUUAUGUGCGUGGCAAUGAAUCGAUCAAUCACUAAUGUGCUGUUUGGCGGCAUAGGCGGUCCAGCCGUAGAGCAAUCCAAGAUCGAAGGCGAGAUUACAAAAACUACAUCUGAGGAGACUGCCGAAGCGCUGUUCAAUGCUGAGAACGUCAUUAUCGUAGUUGGAUAUGGCAUGGCAGUGUCGAAGGCGCAGUACAACAUCGCCGACUUUGUCAACCAACUUCGCUCCAAGGGUGUCAACGUCCGCUUUGCUAUUCAUCCGGUCGCAGGAAGAAUGCCAGGACAACUCAACGUGUUGCUAGCUGAAGCUUCCGUGCCGUACGAUAUCGUCCUCGAGAUGGAUGAAAUCAACGACGAUUUCCCAGAUACUGACGUAACGCUCGUAAUCGGAGCAAACGAUACUGUCAAUCCCAUCGCCAUGGAGCCUGGCAGUGCGAUCGCAGGUAUGCCAGUUUUGCACGCCUGGAAGAGCAAACAGGUGGUUAUCAUGAAGCGCGGAAUGGCGAGCGGCUAUGCCGACGUACCGAACCCCAUGUUCUUCAUGGAGAACACCAAGAUGCUAUUCGGCGAUGCUAACGAGAGCUGCAACGCUAUCAAACGUGCGCUAGAGGAGAAGAUCAAGGGAUUGUAG